AUGGCAGGCCACUCACUUCAGCCGGGCUCCCAGAGCCAAUCCUCACUGUCAGACUCACGGUCCACCUCUGAGAAAUCUUACAGCGGCAACGACGUAUCCCGGUCGCCCAGCAAGGUUCGCGGUGUCGACGAACUGCAACAACCUGAACGAAGCAUCUCCUUCGAUUCACGUUUCACCCAGGACGACAAAAAGGACGACUCAUCACCCUCAAACUCACCUCACGCACGCAGGAUGCCGCACGAAAUCGAGACGCCCACCGGGCCCGUUCGAAGAGAUACCCUUCAGUCCCUCUCAGCACUUUCCACCCACACUGAACCUGCAGACCGGCCGUCGAACAUGGAGAGCAAGUGGCCCAAGGACUAUCGCGCAUGGCUCUGUCUGCUGGGAGGAUUUCUUCUCAUGUUCAAUUCAUGGGGCAUCGUCAACGCGUAUGGCACGUAUGCAUCGUACUACACGCAGGAGCUCUUCCAAGGUCAAGACAUUUUGAGGAUGAAUUUGCUCGGUUCGACGGAAUGCUUCAUGAUCUUGACCCUCUCCGCACCGGUAGGCCGCUUCCUCGACGCUGGCCACAGCAGAAUGCUCAUCAUCAUCGGGACCGUGCUCGUCUCACUGGGCUCUUUCCUUCUGGCCGCAGUGAACUCUGGGAACGUUGGACGAUAUGGCCUCACUUGGUUCACUCAAGGAUUCGUCACCGGUCUGGGAAUGGCGUGCUUCUUCGUCACUUCCUCGCAAGUCGUCGCGACGUGGUUCAAGGCGAAGAAGGGCCUCGCCAUCGGAAUCGUAGCAUCGGGCGCCAGUAUCUCUGGUCUUGUCUACCCCAUUAUGCUCAGGUUCCUCAUCAACCAGCAUGGCUUCACUCUUGCCGUCAUCUACGAAGCCAUCGUCAUUUGCGGCACAUCAGCCAUCGCGAUCAUCAUUGCACGACCAAAUCCGGAGCACGUUAUCCGCAAGCCAGAGAAGUGGAUGAACUUGAGAGUUUUCUGGGAUACCCACGCUUUCCGCAACCGCUCCUUCACUUUUAUGGUGGCUUCGAUCUCCUUCCUGUUCUUCGGCUUCUACUGCGUCUUCUUCAACCUCGAAGAGUGGGCUGUAGCAGAAGGAUUUGGAUACCGACCGACCGCAGCAGACGGUGCAAACUCUGGCCUCCCUCAUCCUGCAGCGCAAGGCAAGGUGCGAACGAUGUACUUGCUGGCCACCAUGAACGGUGCCUCGACUCUUGGCCGUGUCUCGUCAGCCUAUCUCUGCGAUCACUUCGGUGCAUUAAACGUUCACUGCGUCGUCACCUUCAUCGCAUCGCUCCUGACCUUGAUCUUGUGGUCUCUCACAAACAACUUGUCGGCCACUUGGGCUUUUGUGAUCGUCUUCGGAGCCUUUUCUGGAGCAGUCAUCGGCCUUCCUCCGGCAUCAGUCGCCUACAUUCUGGGACCAGAUCCAAAGGAACAAGCGAAACUCGGACAGUGGACGGGCAUGAUGUACACGGCCGCUGGCAUUCCUUCCCUCAUCGGACCGGUCAUUGCCGGCCAUCUCAUCUCCGAAUACGGCACGUUCUUGACCGUCCAGCUCUGGUCGGGUGCGUGCAUUCUUCUGAGCUCGUUAUGCAUGGCUUGCGCCAUCUACUGCAGACAGAAGGCGAAAAAGACGCCCGCUCUGAGCCGCGAAAGCACGAAAAGCGUCGGCUCCAACCACGAGGAGAAGCAGGAUGUCUGA